AUAGUUUAAAUGGAAACUUGACAUUUGCAGAAGCGAAUCCAUCAACUUUGGAAAAAAAUCUUAAUAUAAAAUUUGUUUUCUAACCUUGAAAUAUAAUUUCUUUUUUUAUAAUAAUAUUUAAAGGUUAAUACUGUUAAAAUUAGCUUAGCUUUGCACUAUGUUAUUAUGAAAAAAAUCCAUUUGUAGGAUAAUAUCUACAUAUAUAUUUUCUAAAUAUUUCCUAGUUUUUUUUUUUCAUUUUCAUUUUUAUUAAACAUUCACUGGAACUAUCAAUCUUUACAGGGUCUUUUUGUUUAGGGUUGUCAAGACUAUAUAUACCAGACCAUAGUGUGUCAAGAUUCACACACUCAUAAACAAAAGAAAAUUCUAAAACAAAUAUAAUAAGAAAAUGUCUGCAAAACAGAUCCUCCAAAAGUUCGACAAGAACAACGACGGCAAGCUCUCACUGGAGGAGUUCCGUGAAGCGGCUCUUGCUUUCUCUAAGAACAUUCCUGAUGAAGAAAUCACAAAUAUGUUCAAGGAAUUUGACGUGGAUGGUGACGGUGAGCUUGACGCUGACGAGUUUACUUUGUGCAUUAAUAACAUGUUGAAGGAAGCUUUUGAUUUUUGUGAUACUGAUGGUGCCGGAAAGGUAACAGCAAGUGAGUUCCAUGCGGCCAUGACUGGGCUUGGGGAGGACUUCACAGAAGAAAAAUGUGCAGAGAUGGUUCAAGCCGUGGAUGCAGAUGGUGAUGGUUAUGUGAGCUUUGAGGAAUUUAUGGCUAUGAUCAUUGGCGAGUUUAAGAAAUGAGGGAUGAAUGGUCUGCUUGCUUAGCUAUGUUUGCUUAUCCUUAUUUAUGUGUAUUGUCAUCGGUUUAGAGAUUUCUCGACCGUGUCUUGUCUUUAAAAAUAAUUUCAAGUUCAUGCUGUUAAAUACUGCACUUGCCAAAUGUCAUGUGGGUCUUUAGCAAUGAUUAUUGAAAUCUAAAAUAAUUUUUGUUUAAGAA